AUGUCUACUCAAGCCAGUCCUGAUCCAUGGUCAUCUUCUUUCCGUUCCCCCUCUCCCACCUCGGACGAUGACAACAUCGGAGACGUUCCUCUUUACUCACACACUCUCUCUCGGGACGCUCAACUUGCAGCUGAUCUCAAUCUCAACUCGCGUGAAGAUCGAGCAAUCUUCAAAGAAACACCCUUCACACUAGCCUCUUCACGAGGAAAGAAGAGCCUCCCUCCUUCCUCUCAUCCAGAUGGAUGCCUCGCAGGGGUCCGAGCUCGCGAGGAAGAAAAGAAGAAAGCUAGAGGGAAGAAUAUAGAGGAUGAACCGUGGCGAGCCGCAAGGUCUAACGAUCCUUCUUCGUGGUGGAAGAGAAAGAAUUCAGUUUGGACUGACGCCCAUGGUAAUCCCGUGGCUAGCGAAAAAGGGGCGCCUACAAAGAAACAAAAGACUGUCCUCGAACGUGUAGACGAAGUCAUCGAGAAGAAACCCAGGGGUAAGAAGAAGACUAGUAAGGAAACGCAAAUGGAUAAUGUCAAGAAGAAGAAGAAAGACGAGGUUGUAAAAUUUGGGAUGCUACCAAAAGAUGCAAAGCCUAAUGACGACUUUCCCGUGCUUCAAGGUCUUGAGAGACAACAGAAGUUACCACUCAAGACCAAGGUCACUAAACCCUCCAUAACAAGACACAUAUCAACUGAUUCCACUUCCAGUCUACCCCCUCUCAACCUCGAUGAACUCAUUCAAGGACCUACUAAAUCUACUCAACUCAAGAAAACCAAACACACCUUCAAACCAUCGCGUGCUAAACCUUCACCAGACGAUAACGAUUCUGACGUCCCUGAAGAAGUUAACAAGAAACUCACAGCGUCAAAAUACUUUGACGCACUUCAAAAACCAAAAAGAUUGAACUCCGAUCUCCAGAUGACCUCUCAACUUCCUUCUUUGAGACACUCAGGUCUUACUGACCCAAGUCAAAAUAUCCAAACUCCACCUGACACAUUCUACUCUCUUCACAAUACUCACGUAGAACAACCUUCAACCAUCACACACCUAUCUCACGAUCUCAAACUGAACACGUCAUCUUCAAGCGAAGUUCCUUAUAGUUCCCCUCUCGCAUACAAGAAUAGGUCUCAAGAGAUAAUAUGUCCUCUUCCAGUUAAGGUAGGUCACAUGCACCGUUUAUCGAAUUAUGACGAUGGUCCGGAUUUCAGUAGGAAUCAGGCUCAAGACAAACCUACCGCGGACUAUGAAGAUCGACAUGUUCAAAAUCAACUACAAUUCCCCUCCGUCCGUAAACGGGCCAAUGUGAAUUUUGGCAAACAAGAAGAUGAUGACCCAUAUAAUCACCCAGCAUUUAGAACCGAAGAAUUAUUUGAUACAUUACGUCCUAAGAAAGUGAUGAAAAGUCAUAACGAUACCUCCACCCAUCGGUAUCCCAACUCUCAACAGAACGAUACCUUCAGAAACCCUGUCAGGUCCAAUAAAUUCAUCCCCCCAUUAUCCACAUCUGUCACAAACAAACCAAACGUGAAUGUCCCUACAGUGAAGCCUUUGUCAGCUUAUAAAGCAAAGAUCACAUUCUUCACACCUUCGGCGUUGAACGGGGAAGAGGAUGAAACUGCUCAUUCGCCGGUACACGCGAGACAAAUGAACAGAGGAUAUGAAAGAAGUACUCAGCCGAAUCAUCAUCGUGGAGGUGUUGAUAACGACCUUCAACUAUCUCCUUUGGUGCAAGGCAACAGUAUGAGACGUAUGGAGAUGGACGAUGAUAAUUACGGUACUGACAUAAAAAUGAGAAGCCAUCAAAACGAUCUUGAUAUGGACGGGAAUCCGAAAAGAUACGUCAGCAAGGAAGAACCAAAGAUUUACUCGAUGACCAGAGUUGGAAAUUACCAGGGGAAAACGUCGCUGGAUAGAGGGACGAAUAAUACGAGUAAACAUAAUGAUCAUCAUUACCCAACCAAACCUGCUUACGCUUCACCGGAUUGGAAAGAUCAAUGGCGUACACAAGCUUCUACUUCGACAUACGUUCCGGAAGAUUCGCAGUUUCAGAAGAGACAGGAAAGGUUAGGAAAAUAUCAACUUCCACCAGUGAGGUUGUCAAUGGAACAAGGAACUGGAAGGGCGUUUGGUUGGUGA